CCCAUUCAUAAAAUGCAUUACAUAGGAAAGGACAGAGGAGGCGCAGGCCGAAAGCAGAGCUAAAUAUGCAAGAAACGGACUAUGAAGCAGAAAUACCCUCCAGGAAACAGCUAAGGGUCAUAUGGAGCCCCCCAGGGGGGCUUUUCAUCUUUUUCCAGCUUGACUUCAAAGAUGCCUCAGUUACUACGGAACAUUCAUGGGAUCAUCGAAGCCUUCGGUCGCUACGCCAAGACUGAGGGUAACUGCAUGGUGCUGACCCGAGGGGAGCUGAAAAGGCUCUUGGAACAUGAGUUGGCUGACGUCAUCGUGAAACCCCACGACCCAGUCACUGUGGACGAAGUCCUGCGCCUGUUGGAUGAAGAUGACACGGGGACUGUGGAGUUCAAGGAAUUCCUGGUGCUGGUGUUCAAGGUUGCCCAGGCCUGCUUCAAGACCCUUAGCGAGAGUCCUGAGGGAGUUUGUGGAUCUCAAGAGUCCAGAAGCUGCCACUCUGCAGCUUCGCAAGAGCUGAGGGAGGGACAGAGAAGUCACACUGAAGUGGGAGGGGCUGGGAGAGGUCAGCUCCAUGAGGGGAGCAGCCGUGGACAGAGCAAGCAGGCUUCCACCGGGCAGGAUGGCAGCUCCACUCAGGUCACUCACCAUGACAGACAGGCUGAGUCCCAGAUACAGGAGAGCAUGAGCCAGGAAGCACAAGAGACAGGGCAGACCCAGUCAGCAGAAGACAAGAGUCAUCAGACCAGAGAGGGGCAGUCAGAGAGACAGUCCCAGACCAGGGAGCAGGACAGAGCCCACCAGACCAGUGAGACCGUGACUGGAACCCUAACUCAGACCCAGACAGGUGCCACCCAAACCCCAGGUCAGGACAGGAGCCAUCAGACAGGCAGCACUGGCUCCCAGGCACGGGAGUCCAACUAUAGCCAGACCAGAGGGACCCACAGCCAGGACAGGAGCCAGACCAGCCAAAUAGUGACAGGGGGACACAUUCAGACCCAGGCAGGAUCACAAACCCAGACCACUGAGCAAGACAGGAGCCAUCAGACAGGAAACACAAGUACCCAGUCAUGGGAGUCCACCAUUGGCCAGACCAGUGGGACCCACAGUCAAAACAGGAGCCAGACCAGCCAAGGGGUGACAGGGGGAUAUGUUCAGACACAGACAGGGUCACAAACCCAGACCGUGGAGCAAGACAGGAGCCAGCAGACAGGGAACACUAGCACCCAGUCAUGGGUGUCCAGCUUUCACCAGACCAGAGAGACCCACGAUCAGGACAGGAGGCAGACCAGCCAAACAGCAACAGGAGGACACAUUCAGACACAGGCAGGAUCACAAACCCAGACGCACACCCAGGCACCGGGUCAGGACGAGAGCCACCAGGCCGGGAGCACCAUCACCCAGUCACGGGAGUCCAACACUGGCCAGACCAGAGGAACUCGCAGCCAGGAUAGGAGCCAGACCAGCCAAGGGGUGACAGGGGGAUAUGUUCAGACACAGACAGGGUCACAAACCCAGACUGUGGAGCAAGGCAGGAGUCAGCAGACAAGGAACACCAGCACCCAGUCACGGGAGUCCACUGUUGGCCAGAUCAGAGGGCCUCAUAGCCAGGACAGGAGCCAGACCAGCCAAACAGUGACAGGAGGACACGUUCAAACCCAGGCAGGAUCACAAACCCAGACCACUGAGCAAGACAGGAGCCAUCAGACAGGAAACACCAGCACCCAGUCGCAGGAGUCCACCAUUGGCCAGACCAGAGGGACCCACAGUCAAAACAGGAGCCAGAUCAGCCAAGGGGUGACAGGGGGAUAUGUUCAGACACAGACAAGGUCACAAACCCAGGCUGUGGAGCAAGACAGGAGCCAGCAGACGGGGAACACCAGCACCCAGUCACGGGAGUCCACUAUUGGCCAGACCAGAGGGGCUCACAGCCAGGACAGGAGCCAGACCAGCCAAAUAGUGACAGGGGGACACAUUCAGACCCAGGCAGGAUCACAAACCCAGACCACUGAGCAAGACAGGAGCCAUCAGACAGGAAACACAAGUACCCAGUCAUGGGAGUCCACCAUUGGCCAGACCAGAGGGACCCACAGUCAAAACAGGAGCCAGACCAGCCAAGGGGUGACAGGGGGAUAUGUUCAGACACAGACAGGGUCACAAACCCAGACCGUGGAGCAAGACAGGAGCCAGCAGACAGGGAACACUAGCACCCAGUCAUGGGUGUCCAGCUUUCACCAGACCAGAGAGACCCACGAUCAGGACAGGAGGCAGACCAGCCAAACAGCAACAGGAGGACACAUUCAGACACAGGCAGGAUCACAAACCCAGACGCACACCCAGGCACCGGGUCAGGACGAGAGCCACCAGGCCGGGAGCACCAUCACCCAGUCACGGGAGUCCAACACUGGCCAGACCAGAGGAACUCGCAGCCAGGAUAGGAGCCAGACCAGCCAAGGGGUGACAGGGGGAUAUGUUCAGACACAGACAGGGUCACAAACCCAGACUGUGGAGCAAGGCAGGAGUCAGCAGACAAGGAACACCAGCACCCAGUCACGGGAGUCCACUGUUGGCCAGAUCAGAGGGCCUCAUAGCCAGGACAGGAGCCAGACCAGCCAAACAGUGACAGGAGGACACGUUCAAACCCAGGCAGGAUCACAAACCCAGACCACUGAGCAAGACAGGAGCCAUCAGACAGGAAACACCAGCACCCAGUCGCAGGAGUCCACCAUUGGCCAGACCAGAGGGACCCACAGUCAAAACAGGAGCCAGAUCAGCCAAGGGGUGACAGGGGGAUAUGUUCAGACACAGACAGGGUCACAAACCCAGGCUGUGGAGCAAGACAGGAGCCAGCAGACAGGGAACACCAGCACCCAGUCACGGGAGUCCACUAUUGGCCAGACCAGAGGGGCUCACAGCCAGGACAGGAGCCAGACCAGCCAAACAGUGACGGGAGGACACGUUCAAACUCAGGCAGGAUCACAAACCCAGACCACUGAGCAAGACAGGAGCCACCAGACAGGAAACACAAGUACCCAGUCGCGGGAGUCCACCAUUGGCCAGACCAGAGGGACCCACAGUCAAAACAGGAGCCAGACCAGCCAAGGGGUGACAGGGGGAUAUGUUCAGACACAGACAAGGUCACAAACCCAGACUGUGGAGCAAGACAGGAGCCAGCAGACAGGGAACACCAGCACCCAGUCACAGGUGUCCACUAGUGGCCAAACUGGAGCAACUGAGACCAAUAGCCAAGACGGGAAUCAGAAGAGCCAGGCGGUAACAGGAGGAUACAUUCAGACUCAGGCAAGGUCACAAACCCAGGUGCACCCCCAGACCGUGGAGCAGGACAGGAGCCAGAUGGGAAGCCACGUAGGGGCUAGAGAACAGGAACAGAGUCAGACACAGUCAGGCAGUGGUCAAACAUGGACCCAAGUGGGCAACUACGAGGCAGGAGAGACAGUGCUGGAAGGACAGGCCCAACCUGGGGCAAGCACUCUGACAGGCAACCAGGAUUGGAGCAGCUCGCACCCUAGUUGCAGUGUAACAGCAAGGCAGGGAGAAGGCGAGCCCCACCCCAAAGAGUCCAAUGUGGUUGUCGAGGAGUGGGUUGAUGAUCCUACAAGGGAGAUGGUAGUUCAAAGGCAGAACCAGAGCAGCCUGCACACCAGUGUUUCUUCAGCUCAGGGUGGAGAGACAGCCCAGCCUGAGGGGAGACGAGGCAUCACAACAGCCAGUGGGCUGUAUUCCUACUUCAAAAGCAACAAGCCAUGAGUGCCUGUCCCUGGAGCCCAAUGCCCAGUCCCAGAAGAAGACAGCUGGAGGGGGCUGUUUGUCCCUCCCUGGAUGGACCAGUUGGCACAUCCUUGGACAUCAGCUCUUAAUCAUGGUGAUU